CGUAUUCAUGGCAUAUCGUAAAAAAACAAAACGAUCUCUCUCGACAUCGCAUAUAACAGCACAACUAAAUGACUAUCCAGGUUGACUAAUCUGAGGACGAAUUCUAUCGAAUCCGAUAACAUCCUACUAAUCGAGGAAAUUCAAUUGGACUCUGCGUUUCGAAAUUAUUGACGGAACCGACGGGAGAAUUCAAAAAAUGAUCAAAAUUCUAUUUAGUGCAAAAAAAAGCUUUUUAGAGAUUGACUAUAGCAGACUUAUUUGGCGUAUCGGAUCCCAGAAUGGUGAUGAUGAUGACAUCGAUGAUUUCAUUGCAGCACAAUUAUUCGAUUUCGAGAAUGAUCCUGCCAUUGAAAUUCAAACAGAAGAAGAACAUUUAUCACAAAAAUUAAGUCAACUAUCAGCUUCUGGAAAAACAAAAGACAAGUCUUCGAAUGAACCAACAACAACAACAACAACUGCAAAGAAACGACCGGCAUUAACACCAUCAACAGCAACAGCAACAACAACCUUUGCAACAACAUUAUUAUCAUCAUCAGGAUCAACAAGAAAGAAGUUGGGAACAAACGAAGAAGGAAACGAAGAAGGAAAUCAAGAAGGAAAAGAAGAAGACAAAGAAGGAGAAGAAGAAGAUGAAAAUAAAAACGAAGAUUUAGAUGACAAAGAAAAAAAAGCAUUAGAUUUAAAAAUUCCAAAAUAUUUAUCAACUGCUUAUCGUGCUUUCGAAGAAACAAUAAGUCCUGUACUUAAGAAGAAUGGUAAUUCUAUGAAUAUUGAAGAUGCACGAACCAUGGCUGCUAUCAUCGAUAAUCUUGAAUGUGUUAAUGUUGAUAAAUCAUUAUGGAUAAUAUAUUUACAGUCUGGUACAGGUGAAUUACAAAGCGAACAACGUAUUAUAACAGCAGUCAACUCAUCAGUUGUAGUAUCAAAUUUACAAAUUUGGCCGGCAGAAGUAAAAGCAAAAAUGAUUAAACAUGGACAUACAACAACGACGAAUCCAAAUGAUAUUGAUCAUGAAUCAUGUGUCGAUUAUGUUCAUCGAGUUUUAAUUAAAUAUCAAAAUCUAAAAACAUAUUAUGAAACUAAUUUACAAGACAUUAAACAACGUCUAAGUUAUUGUUUAACCGAUGAAAUCGAACAGAUCAUUAUUAAAUUUGUUCAACAACAUGGCAUAACUUUAUAUCGAGUACCAGUCGAAGGACUCAUUGCUGUUGUUGAAUAUGAUUAUAAAGAUCGAUUAAUUCAAUCAGAAUUCUAUCUAGAAAAUUAUAGUGAAUAUCAAAGACAAGUCUUUGAAAAUCUUUGCAAAUCAAAACGCGAACGUGAAACAACUAAAGUUGAUGUAGCCGUAUUGAAACAACGUAUUGCUCAUAAUCAUCUACCAAAAUCAUUCGAUUCACUACAAAUACCAGAACCAAUUACAUUAUCAUCUAUUAAUGAUACAAAAACUCGUCAACGUUUAAGUGAUAGAUGUGAGAAAAUUUUACAACGAGCUCGAUCUGAUAUGAUAUUAAUUUAUAUUGCAGCAGCCGAAGCUAAAAUGAAUGAAUGGAAAGAGAAAUUUGACAAGGAUUUAGCUGAAAUGAAAGAAUAUCUCAAAUUUAGACGAACGUCUUAUGUGUCUCUACAAAUUGAAGCUUCGUUUUUUCGACAUAGCUCCGACGGUCAAGAACUAGAUUUGGUUCAUCGUUGGAGUAGUUUUAUUGACAAAUCAAAAAUUCGUUUUUCACCAACGCUCUGUCGUGAUUCUCAUCAACAUCAUCUAUCAUCGAAACAAAUGGAAUUGCUUCAUCGUGGACCCAGUUAUGUUUUACCAUGUCAACUACAUAUUCUAUCUGAAUCUUCUUUAAAUAUGGAUCAUAUUCUUACAAAACAAAUGGCAUCACUUCGACGAGAACUUACACGAGUUUUUACUAAAUAUCCAGUUGAUUUAUCUCGUCGAAUGAAUUUUGAAAAAGAAAUUCAAAAUCUAUUUCAUGCAUCUUUCAAUCAAUCGAUUCCAUCGACAUUAGAAGAACGUAUAUUUUAUGAAAAACAAUUGAUCAAAUCUAUAAGAUAUCAAUUAAAUAAAGAUCAAUUGAUUCUACGUCGAACAGCUGAUAAUUAUAAUACUUAUUAUUUAGGUCCACUGAAUGAAUUUCAACAGAAAUCCGAUGAUUUUGUUCAACAUUCAACAUCUUAUGAAUUUAUCGGCCUUCUUCAAGCCUUGUAUACAUUUCUGGCACAUCCACUUGUUAGUACUCGUCAUAAACGAUUAUCAUAUGAUGCUACUCAUGAAUUAACUGCACUAGUCUUACGAAAUAAUUUCUUUUCGUAUGAUGAUAAAAUUUAUCGAUUUACUAAAGGUUGCCCAUUAAAUUUACCAUUAACAGAUCUAUUAGGUGACAUCUAUUUGUAUGAUUGGCAAUUUCCUCUUGUUCGACAAAGUCGUUUGAAUGAUUUAUUUUAUGGUCGAUAUCAUAAUAUCGGUUUAAUGACAUGGUACGAACCGAUCGAACAAUUACAAACAAUUUUUGAUGAACUUGAACGAUUAUUACCAUCGGGUGCCCAAUUGACAUCAUUUAUUGCUACAACUGUUCAUUUUAUGGAUUGUCUCAUCGAUAAUCAACGCGGUAAUCUAUUUACGAAUGUUUAUCAUGAUUCAACCGUUCGACCAUUUUUAUUACUUUAUAUACCGAGUUAUGCACGAUUAUCACAUCGAAAAUGGCUUCGAUAUGUAUUCAUACAUGCCUUUCAUUAUUGUUGUUCAUUUGAAGAUUUCGAAGAUGAACGAAUCUAUAUAGAAGCUAUCUUUCUUGCCAAUAGAUAUGCAUUAGACUUUGUUGAAUAUCAUUGGAGACAAUUUCUUAAACGAUUUAAUUUCAGCCUAAUAGAACUAACGGAUCUGAAUCGAUAG